AUGUGGGACUCGUUGCUGCGGAGCCUCUCCACCGGCAGCACUUCCGACGCAGCAGACACUGCAGCAGCAGCAGCAGCAGCAGCAGCAGGAACAGCUUCUGAGCCUGGGGCGGUUGCUGCCGAGUUCACGGAGACUGCAGCAGCAGAGGCAGCAGCAGCAGCAGCAGCAGCAGCACAAUGCGAGCAGCGAAUCCGGCUGCAGUCGCUGCUGCGGCUUCGCGAGUCCCUUCGAAGCAGCCGCUGCCUCUCUUCGGUCUCUCCAGACCUGCAGCAGCAGCAGUCUGAGCUCUUCCAGGCAGCAACACUGGAGGACGCAGCAGCAGAGGCAGCAGCGGAAGCAGCAGCAGAAGCAGCAGCGGAAGCAGCAGCAGAAGCAGCAGCAGCAGCAGCUGUAGAAGCAGCUGCAGAAGCAGCAGCAGAAGCAGCAGAAGAAGUCACAGACCCAGAUGUGGAGACACCUGGAAGGGGGGAAACAACGCCGCAGUUGCUUUCACCUGACGCAACCACACCUCCUCCAGCAGCAGCAGCAGCAGCAGCAGCAGCAGAUGAGGACAGCAACGGUUCGAGGGGCAGCAGAAGCAGCAGCAACCUGUCUGCUGAGCCAGAGGAGAUAAUUGCGCAUGCAACGCGCAGCUCAAUAAGGUCUCCUUCGAUGCUUCGCAGGCGCUUCUUAGCCUUGGGGAGAACCUCCUCCUCCCCACAGCAGCAGCAGCAGCAGCAGCAGGAGCAGGAACAGCAGGAGCAGCAGAGUGAGGUGGAGGUUCAGCUGACGGAUGACGCCCUGCUGCAGCGCCGGCCUUCAGCCUCUUCAGCAGCGGGAACAGCAGCAACAGCAGCAACGACGCAAGCAGCAGCAGUCGAAGCAAAACCACCUGCUGCAGCAGACAGCUCCGCGGCGGGAGGCUCUUCGGAAGGGCCGGACAAAGCAGCAGCAGCAGCAGCAGCAGCAGCAGCACCAGCAGCAGCAGCGGGACGGCAGCAGGACGUUGAUGGCUCCUCCACGUUGCCGCUGCAAAGAGCCGACAGCGCAGAUGCUGCAGCAGCGAAGCUAUCUGCUGCUCGCGAGCUGCUGGGUGCAGCAGCAGCGGGAGAGACAGCAGCAGGAGGAGCAGACGCAGCAGCAGCAGCAGCAGGGAGAGCAGCAGCAGGAGGAGGAGCAGCAGGGAUGGAAGGAGAAAGCCUCCCUUUGCUGCAGAAAGGAGACCCUGUAGAUCAUGUGCUGCUGGUAAUACAUGGCAUUGGCUGUGGGGCGCAGCACGAAGUGCAGCAGCAGGAGCAGCUGCGGCAUUCUAUCAGAUGCGUGAACGGGCUGUGGUAUUGGCGAAGGCCUGUCAGUGUCUACGUCCAGGCAAUCAACUGGAAAAGAUGCAUCGUUGAGGCACAAGACCAUUUGUUUCAAAGCAUCGGCAUCUCUAGCCUCUAUGAAGUUCGGCGUUUGCUGUCUCUAACUGCUGCUGAUCUUCUUUUCUUUAUGACUCCUCGCUUUGGCGAUUUUAUUAUGCAGCAGGUUGCGCAGCAGCUCAAUGCCGCCUUCCGCAGACUUAAGCAGCACCCUUCGGGGCGCUUCGCCAAGAGUCAGUUUAGUUUGCUCGGUUAUUCACUCGGCAGUGUCAUGGCCUACGAACUCCUCAGCGGAAAAUCAUUCAGACCUACGCUGCGACCGCCCACAGUAGCAGCGCCUAAGUUGGAGUUUUGUGCGGAGUGUCUCUUCUUACUUGGGGGCUGUCUCCCUGCCUUUCUCCUUCUUAAUUCACCAGAGAUCCUUAAGACUGGGUUGCAGCUGCCACCGAACCUCAAGGUGUAUAAUCUCUUCCACCCCUGCGACCCUGUUGCCUUUCGUCUAGAAAAGUUAAUAUACCCUCACCUCAAAGAGCUGCCGCCUCCGGUGCUGUUGGCUUACUGGCGAUCAAACGGCCUCCAGGGUUGGUAUAAAUGGGACCUCAACGUACAGCAAGCUAAAGACAUGAUGACUACCAACAUCAAUAGCCUCACUGCCUCUGUGCUGUCCUGGUGGAGAAGAGAAAGCCCCGCAAAAGCAGGGGGUAGCGUAUUAGCAGCAAAUGCACAUGCCGCAGCAGCAGCAGCAGCAGCAGAAGCAGCAGCAGCAAGUCGUCAGCAGGAUACAGACGAAGAGUACGACCAGCAGCAGCAGGAGCAGCAGCAAGAACAACAAGAAAAGCAGCAAAAAGAACAACGCAACAUGGGUGAUAAGGCUGCACCUGAAGGCCAGCAGCAAGAAAGGCUGCAAGACACAAACGAAGAUGGGCUGUCCCGCGAUCUGAAGAGCUUCAAAUCACCUGCAGCAGCUGCAGCUGCUGCAAUAGUUGCUGCUGCUGCUGCUGCUGCUGCUGGAAGCGAAAGUGCUUCUUACCAGCAGCAGCAGCAGCAGCUUCUGCUGCAGCUUCUGCUACAGUGGCUGCUGUCUGAGGGCUCGCGUAGCCGUCUCCGCCGCGUGCAGUCUGGUGCCUAUUCUCAGUCUUUCUCCCGCAGCAGCAGCAGCAACAGCAGCAGCAGCAGCAGCAGCUGUGUCAGUGACAGCAACAGUGUCUCCUUUGCGGAAGAGACUGAAGACGAUGCCUUCACUCACGUGACGAGUUGGUUCCGGCUGCAGUCGAAGCAGAAGUCAGAUGCUGCAGCAGCAACUGCAGCAGCAGCAGCAGCAGCAGGAGACAAAGGGAGUCUGGAGAGACAAAGCUCAAGCAGCAGCAGACAGCUGAGGCGGCUCACCCCACAAGACAGGAUCGCCCGCAGGCCUAGAGUUCAUUCUUACCAGGAGACAUUCAGUACAGCAGCAGCAGCACCAGCUGCAGCAGCAACAGCAACAGGAAGUGCAGAGACACUCGGACGCUCAGGUGUAAGCAGGAAGCCCGGGAAGCAUAAAGGGAAGUACAGCAUCAGCAGAGAAUAUUUUCGUGCUGAAGAGACAUCCAGCGGUCUGCCUAUCGCCUGUGGGGAGACACAACGCGCUGUCUCUCAGCUUGAGGCAAUAAACGCAGUCAAGGAGGAGCAGCAGAUGCCCCGCCGCUAUGAUUUUCAGCUGCAGGAGGAUACAGCAGAACAUUAUUUAUCUUCUUUGGCUUUGCUCAACAGCCAUUUUAAUUACUUCAAGCUGAAAGACGUCGCUUUCUUCAUCCUCAAGUGCCUCUCAGGCAAAAACCCGCUCAUGUCUUAUACAGACCAUUUGCAGCUGCUUGAGGCUGCUGCUAGGAAGGCAGCUGAGCACGCUGCAAAAGAAGGCAGACCUGAGGAGCAGCAGCGGCAGCUUCAGGAGGCUGCAGCGCUAGCGGAGCGUCUUAAAGCCUUUGAAGCUUCACUUGAGCAGCCACGCAAGCAUAAGAAAUCAUCUUAG